AUGAUUUACACCAACUUGAAGAGAAAGUUCAGUUGCUGUGUGCUGGCCUUUCUCCUAUUUGCAGUCAUCUGUGUGUGGCAGGAGAAGAAGAAAUGGAGUUACUAUGAUUCCCUUAAAUUGCAAACCAAAGAAUUCCAGAUGUUGAGAAGUUUGGAGAAAUGGUCUAUGACUUCAAGAAGCACCCAGAAUCCCUCAGGGGCAGCCAGGCCAACAGGCCGGGGCCCAGCAAAGGCCAAGCCACAGGCCUCCUUCCAAGUGUGGAACAAGAACAGCUCUUCCAAAAACUUUAUCACCAGGCUGCAGAAAAUCUGGAGGAAUUAUCUGAACAUGAAGAAAUAUAAAGUGUCUUACAAGGGGCUAGGGCCGGGGGUCAAGUUCAGUGCAGAGGCCCUGCACUGCCACCUCUGGGACCCUGUGAACAUAUCCAUAGUAGAGGCUGUAGAUUUUCCCUUCAACAUUUCCAAAUGGGAGGGUUUCCUGCCCAAGGAGAACAUUAGGACCAAGGCUGGGCCAUGGGGCAGGUGUGCUAUUAUCUCAUCAGCAGAAUCUCUGAAGUCCUCCCAGAUGGGCCAGGAAAUAGAUGAUCAUGACGCAGUCCCAGGGUUUAAUGGGGCACCCACAACCAAUUUCCAGCAAAAUGUGGGCACAAAAACUACCCUUCGCCUGAUGGACUCUCAGUUGGUCACCUCGUCAGGGCACUUCCAAGACAGCUUGUACAGUGAGGGAUUCCUAAUUGUGUGGGACCCAUCUGUUUGCCACUCAGAUAUCCCAAAGUGGAACCGGAGCCCUGACUACAGCUUCUUUGAGAACUAUAAGAGGUAUUGCAAGCUGCAUCCUGAUCAGCCCUUUUAUAUCCUCAAGCCUAAGAUGCCUUGGGAGCUGUGGAACAUCAUUCAAGAAGUCUCCACAGAAGAGAUUCAGCCAAAUCCCCCAUCCUCUGGGAUGCUGUGUGACCAGGUGGACAUUUACCAGUUCCUCCCAUCCAAGUGCAAGACCAAUGUGUGCUACUACUACCAGAAGUUCUUUGGCAGUGCCUGCACGGUGAGUGCCUACUACCCACUCCUCUUUGAGAAGAAUCUGGUGAAGCACCUCAACCAGGGCACAGACAAGGACAUUUACCUGCUUGGCAAAACUACACUGCCUGGCUUCCAGAGAAUUCGCUGCUGA